AUGAGCAAUUUUGUGGAGAAAUCCGCUAUUUCUGAGUGUGUGGAGCUCCAUGUGUUAUACGUGCCCGAGGAACAGUGGAAUGCAAGGUUAAAUAAAGUGUCAGUUGAGGCCAUCGACGGCUUCAUAUCAGCAGGUUUCAUUAGAGUGUUUCCAGACCUUAAUCUUAAAACACUUCGAGAGGAAUUGGGAGCACUUCUGGGAGCUGACAAAGCUAUAGGCAAAUUUUGUUUCCUCAAAUGUGUUGGCCGGAGUUUGGCACUGGUGAAAGCAAAACAAGAGAGAGAUCUGAGAGUCAAAUCCUUUGCUCCGCCAUACGCCCCUCAUCCAGAGUUGUACCUGUUGCCGUUAUUGGAAAACGCCAGUAGCGUUUGCUCACGCUCUUUCUCCCCAGACACACUUAGUUAUAACGCAGACCCUCAGACGUAUUACCCUACCAAAACACCACAGGCUUCAAGACUGACAAAGGAGUCCACUAAAUUUCCCUUAAUCAAACAAGUCCCUGAAUCGCCUCCUCUAGCUCCGAGUGUUGAUGAUGAAGAGAGCUCCGGCUCUCCGGAGGUGAAGGAGGAGGACUGUGUUUCCUCCGAAUAUUCACCUUGGGGAGAAGUCCAUCACUUGUCCUCAACUGUGCAAGAACAGGCUUGUGCUUUAGCAACGAAACCAGCUGGAGCACCAACGAGAAAGAAAUAUCAUUUCAAAAGAAACUGUACCAGGGAUUCAGGAAUACCAGAGUCACUGGAAGAUGAGACCCCCUCUCAAAACAGGAAGUUCAAAAACCAGAAGAGACCACCUAAUGAGGUUCACGAGAAUAGAUCAUCACUGUCAUCAGUUCCCGUGAAGUGUAAUUCUCCAAGUGCAGAUUCAUCUCCUGACCUUCCUGCACGAAAGCCUGCCACCACUGUAUUCUCAACCAAUAGGAAUGAACUUAUUGCUCAAAUUAGGUUGGUCAAAGAGGAGCGGAAGCAGUUGGAAAAAACCCGGCAAGACCUUUUGAGAAAAGGCAAAGAGCUUAUCGCACUUAACAGGCAUCGCAGGAACCAGGCUCGAGACAGCUGGAAGAGGAGGUAUUUCGAUACCAAGAAGGCCACCGCGCCGUUAGAGGAAACACUGAAAGCUCUCCGUCAGGAACUUGAGACGUCGUAUAACAAACUUUUGCAACAGCUCCAAGCAAGGGAUGGAAGAAGCAAACAUAAACGACUGGGUAUUUCGAGAACCAAAAAUGAACUCAUUAUUCAGAUUUUGACAGAAAACUGUGAAAUAGAGAAUCUGAGAAAGAAUGUGGAGGAUGCUAAAAUGAAACUUGCCACAGAGAUUAAGCUCAGGAAGCAAGCGGCUACAGAGCUAGGGGCGCUAAAAGCAGAACUGUUACAGAAGAAGACUUCACUAAGUGGAUCCAUUAUUGUUGACUCUGGGUCAGGAUUUGGUCGAUCAUAA